UGCUGCUGCUGCUACUGCUGCCAACAAAGUUACUAAACGUUAAUUUUUUUCCCCCUUCUUCUAUCUUCUCCUUGACAGUAGUGAUGUCGCUAGUGCAAGCAGUGGUUGUCGCGUCACCUCCUGUUGCUUGCUGUGUUAUAUUAGGAGUAGUCGAAGAGGGCUCUUCAUUUGUUUGCUGUUUCACUUGUAUAUAUUGCGCUGUAGUUUCUUGGUGAUUGCCAUUAUCGUUGUUGUUGGUGCUGUGCUUGGCAGAUCUAAUUACUCGCCGACGGAUGUUGUUGUUGUUGUUGCUAUCGUCAUGUUCAUCUUUUACGGUUCGAUACCACACGACCCUCUUGCGUUUUUUGUUACAGAUGCUGCUAUUGUUGUCAAUGGAUGUGGCAGUGGUGCUCGUGGUGGGGUCAAUGACGUCUGCAGAUGCAGUGGUAAGAUGUGUCGCAGUGGCACCAUUGUUACCAGCGGUAGCAUUAGCAGCAUUCGAAGCAUCGCUGUCACUUUCAAAGCUACUGGUUAAGCGGCAUAUGGUGGUUGCCAUCAAAGAAAGAAAGAGCAAAAGCUCUGCUUCUUGAAGCCGUUGCGGAUGGGCCAUUGUUCUUUGUAAGUAAAAAGAAAAUACCGAAUGCAAAGGAAG